AUGCCGCUACCGGGAACAGCACCACAGGAGACCUGCAGAGACAGCACCACAGGAGAGCUGCGGAGACAGCACCACAGGAGACCUGCAGAGACAGCACCACAGGAGACCUGCGGAGACAGCACCACAGGAGACCUGCAGAGACAAACACACAAACAAGAUGUUGGCACUACCCAAAAGGAGACCCCAGGGCUCUACCCAAAAGGAGACCCCAGGGCCCUACCCAAAAGGAGACCCCAGGGCUCUACCCAAAAGGAGACCCCAGGGCCCUACCCAAAAGGAGACCCCAGGGCUCUACCCAAAAGGAGACCCCAGGGCUCUACCCAAAAGGAGACCCCAGGGCUCUACCCAAAAGGAGACCCCAGGGCCCUACCCAAAAGGAGACCCCAGGGCCCUACCCAAAAGGCUGUCCCCAGGGCUCAAAAGGCUAUCCCCAGGCCCUACCCAAAAGGCUGUCCCCAGGCCCUACCCAAAAUGCUGUCCCCAGGCCCUACCCAAAGUGCUGUCCCCAGGCCCUAUCCAAAAGGAGGCCCCAGGGCCCUACCCAAAAGGCUGUCCCCAGGCCCUACCCAAAAGGCUGUCCCCAGGGCUCUACCCAAAAGGCUGUCCCCAGGGCUCAAAAUGCUGUCCCCAGGCCCUACCCAAAAGGCUGUCCCCAGGGCUCAAAAGGCUGUCCCCAGGCCCUACCCAAAAGGCUGUCCCCAGGCACUACCCAAAAGGCUGUCCCCAGGGCUCAAAAGGAGACCCCAGGGCUCUACCCAAAAGGCUGUCCCCAGGGCUCUACCCAAAGUGCUGUCCCCAGGCCCUACCCAAAAUGCUGUCCCCAGGCCCUACCCAAAAGGCUGUCCCCAGGGCCCUACCCAAAAGGAGGCCCCAGGGCCCUACCCAAAAGGAGACACCAGGGCCCUACCCAAAAGGCUGUCCCCAGGGCCCUACCCAAAAGGCUGUCCUCAGGCCCUACCCAAAAGGCUGUCCCCAGGGCCCUACCCAAAAGGAGACCCCAGGGCCCUACCCAAAAGGAGACCCAGGGCCGUACCCAAAAGGCUGUCCCCAGGCCCUACCCAAAAGGAGACCCCAGGGCCCUACCCAAAAGGCUGUCCCCAGGCCCUACCCAAAAGGCUGUCCCCAGGGCCCUACCCAAAAGGCUGUCCCCAGGGCCCUACCCAAAAGGCUGUCCCCAGGGCCCUACCCAAAAGGAGACCCCAGGGCCCUACCCAAAAGGCUGUCCCCAGGGCCCUACCCAAAAGGAGACCCCAGGGCCUGGGGACAGGCAGAGUCAGACCUCUAUCCUGA